UAUUGAAGGAUAAACGUGUUUUCAUAAUAUGUUGUCAUUUUAUGUUGUAAAGAGACCAUAGUCAGAAAAGAGGAACAGAGAAUAGUCUGUUCCCCUUUUCUGUGGACCAUACACACACACACACACACACAUGAUUGCGAGUCACAAGACUCCCAUUGACAAAUAAAGCCGUUGGUUACAUACACUUCCUCAUGCAUGAUUUGUAACUGUAUUUUUGUAAUAAAGAGACUGCACUGAGAGAAGAGGAGCAGAGUUGGUUUUGGAGUUGACAUGACCUGUCACUCGCUGAUUCUCCUUGCAGCAAGUAAACUUGAAACUCGAGUACUGUUAUCUUUGUUCACUGGGUUUUGGUAUAUUUGAACCGAGCUGGGGUUUACUCUUACAAAGUAAUAUAGAAAUACCCAACAUUAAUUGGUCCUUCGGAGCCGGAAUCCAACACAUCGUGACGGGAAGGAGGAGGGAAAAGACACGCCGCAAGUCUGUCGACAGCCGGGAUCAUCAGCCGACCCCGAGAAAGACCCGGGACGCAGAAUUCGUGGCCGGGCCGGUGCUUAUAUGUCCAACCUCCCUCAUCCUCGGCACGAUUGACGGAAUCCAACCGGACCAGUGACCACAGAUAACGGGACACUCGAGUGCAGACUGGUGACCAGGUCCUCGUGAAGGUGAUUAAGAGGAAGCAUUGGCACUGUCCACGGUGGGACGGUCCCUACACGGUACUGCUGACAACACCGACUGCACUAAAAAUCGCCGAAAGAACUACGUGGAUACAUCAGAGCCACUGCAAAAAGAUAAUACCUCUCCAACUUAACGACGGAUAAGUGGUGGAAGUCCGGCUACAAAGGGCGGUGUUUCAUUAGGAAAUACUGGUCUCAACCCCGGUGAAGAAAACAACAGAACCACUAUCACAAAUAGACUAUGUUGGGAAAGGUGUUGUUUGUAGUGACCCUGCUGGGUCUGACGCUAAUGACUAUAAGACAAUUGAGUGAGGAAUCCUCAACAAAAGAAAAGGUCCAUCGAGAGAAAAAAUGGUCAUUACUCAACGAUGACCCAUGGAACCACAACGACAAAACUGCACGCUCACCUAGGAUGACAAAUGCCUGGUAUGCCUAUGUCCAUCAACUUGUUACAAAGACAGGGCGUUCAAAUUGUUAUGUUUGUUCCCACAUGCCAUGGUCAACUGGACAAGUAACUCUGUAUGGUAAAAGGAUGAGUAAAUCACAAGCUAAAUGUUUUGCUACCAUGGGAGGUGUAGGAUACCAGCACUCAGGGAUAAAAGUCAACGAUGUGAAUCCAUAUGCCCCAGGUUUAAGCAAUGGCACUUGUAAUAAGAUAUUUUGGGUGAACUUUAACAUGACAGUGCCGCGUAAAAUGACAGGACAAAAGGUAGUCAUGCCAAAUAAUGAAGCUAUACACCCUAUGUGUUACAGUCAGACAGAAGGUUCUGUACCAAUGGGAAACACCACUGGUUGUAACCAGACACUUGUUAAUGGCGAAGGGGCUCCAGUCUAUUUGAGCAAACAAUCUAAUGGUACAUGGUGGGUACAAGGAGGAUGGUGGCUGUGUGGCAACAACGCUUAUCCAGUUCUGCCAAUAAAUUGGACAGGCACGUGUGCACCAAUAUUUGUUAGCGACCACACCUUCGUGAUAGACAUAGAACCACACCUUAACCACACCCGCAGGAGGAGAAAUGCCAUGCCUGCCUUCAAAAAACAUGAUUCAGUAUGGGGAAAAGAUGUCCCUGAUGAAUUCAAACACUGGUCCACCAGUGGAAAGGUAAUAUUAGCAUUGACUCCUGCCUUAGGCGUAGCGAAGAACAUGUUGAGACUCGAAACCCUUGAUUACCGGUUCGGCAUGUUUGUAAAUAAUUCCAUCGUUGUAAACGAACAACAGAACCUCGAACUAGACUCACUCAGAACCAUGGUGCUACAGCACCGCAUGGCCCUUGAUCUACUCACUGCCUCAGUAGGAGGUACGUGUAUCCUUUUGAACACAAUCUGUUGUACAUAUAUCACCGACAAUGUCCACUCCCAAAACAUGACAGAUGCAAUGGCUACUCUCAAAGCCCUACAGACAGCUAUGGGCCAAGACAGACAUGCCUCUCUUGAGACCGGAUGGUUCAAUUGGCUACUCUCAGGGAGCUGGGUUCAAAAGCUCGUGAUGGGAUUUGUUGCAAUCAUAUGUGUUGUCAUCCUUGUGUGCUGUGCUAUGGCUUGUAUUAUACCAUGUGUUAAAGCUAUGGUUGGUAAAAUAGUUACCAACACUCUUGUCCAAUAUACGAUGUUGCAACAGACAGAUAACGAUGACUAUACUGACACAGACCCCUCUCAGAAGGACGAAUAUACUCACCUAACCUCCAAUGUGUAAGACUUAAAGCUAGGUUACUGUCUGUCAUAUGACGAAUGGUUCGAAAAUGUCAAAAACAAGUGAAUUAAUUCUGAAAGUAAUAAAGACACUGUAACCAGCUAGUAAUUAUGAAAAACAGGAGGGAAUGUUAGAGUUUAUUGAAGGAUAAACGUGUUUUCAUAAUAUGUUGUCAUUUUAUGUUGUAAAGAGACCAUAGUCAGAAAAGAGGAACAGAGAAUAGUCUGUUCCCCUUUUCUGUGGACCAUACACACACACACACACAUGAUUGCGAGUCACAAGACUCCCAUUGACAAAUAAAGCCGUUGGUUACAUACACUUCCUCAUGCAUGAUUUGUAACUGUAUUUUUGUAAUAAAGAGACUGCACUGAGAGAAGAGGAGCAGAGUUGGUUUUGGAGUUGACAUGACCUGUCACUCGCUGAUUCUCCUUGCAGCAAGUAAACUUGAAA